AUGCUAUACACUUGGCUUUCAACAUUUGCUGGAGGAGCACUGGUGCUAUAUGUAUCUCUGAAGAUAUUUUGCCCAUAUUUCUGGGAUGAUCUGGUCUUUUUCUUGAGACGGAAGCGGUUUAAAUUGAUACUAAAGAAAAGAACAAGCAAUGGAGUUCUAUCAUUAAUAGAUCUUUUCCUGCAGAGAGCAGAAAAGACUCCCCACAAACCAUUCAUCAUCUAUGAAGGGAAAGUACACACCUACCAAGAUGUAGAUAAGAGAAGUAAUAGGAUAGCUCAGGUCUUUCUGCACCAUGGGGAUCUCAAAAAGGGGGACACGGUGGCCCUGCUCAUGGGCAAUGAGCCCGACUUCAUCCACGUGUGGUUCGGACUGGCCAAGCUCGGCUGUGUGGUAGCUUUCCUCAACUUCAACAUCCAAUCCAGGUCCCUCCUGCACUGUAUUAAUAAAAGUGCAGCAAAAAUGUUAGUGAUAGCUGAAGACUGUUUAGGAUCAAURAAGAAGGACUUUAUUUUUCAUCUCAAGGACAAUAACGUUGCCAUCUGGCUGAUGAGCAGCAGUUCUCCUUUCCAGCAUGUUGAUACUAUAUUGGACAAAUUAGACAAGGUUUCUGAUGACCCUGUUCCAUCUCACCUUAGAUCUGUGACUAACCAAAGAAAUACAGCUAUGUAUAUCUUCACAUCAGGAAGUACAGGUUUUCCAAAAGCAGCUAUCAUUACUCAUCUAAAAGCCCUAACUGCCUGCUCAGCCUUUUUCCUCUGUGGGACAGUUUCUCAGGAUAUCAUGUAUAUCACUCUUCCUUUGUAUCAUGUCAGUGCUUCUCUUCUCGGCAUUGGUGGAUGCAUUGAAUUAGGAGCAACUUGUGUUUUGAAGAAGAAGUUUUCAGCAAGCCAGUUUUGGAAUGACUGUAGAAAAUAUAAAGUAACAGUCUUUUUGUAUAUAGGGGAACUUUGUCGUUACCUUUGUAAUCAGCCCAGAAAAGAGGAGGACAGAGUUCACCAAGUGCGUCUGGCCCUAGGAAAUGGCAUGAGACCUGCCAUCUGGAAAGAAUUCCUGAGGAGGUUUGGAUCAAUUAAAAUAUUUGAAUUCUAUGGAGCCACAGAAGGAAAUUCUUUCUUCUUAAACUAUACAAAUAAAAUAGGAGCUGUGGCCCGUACUGGCCCUUUCUCAAAGUUCCUAUAUUCCUUUGAAUUGUUGAAAUAUGAUGUCUGGAAACAGGAACUUAUGAAGGAUGAAYAUGGAAAUUAUAAGAAAGCACCAAUAGGUGAACCUGGCCUUAUGGUUAACAAGGUGACACAGGACACCCCGUUUUUUGGAUAUGCUGGAAAUAAAGAAUUAACAGAGAAGAAACUCCUGCAUGAUGUGUUUGUGAAGGGAGAUGUGUACUUUGACACAGGAGAUCUCCUGGUGAUGGACCAUAGUGGCUUCCUUUACUUCAGUGACCGGGUGGGAGAUACUUUCAGAUGGAAAGGAGAAAAUGUUGCUACUCUAGAAGUCUCUGAGGUCAUUGGGAUGAUAGAUUUUGUUCAAGAAGCUAAUGUUUAUGGAGUAAGCAUAGAAAAUUAUGAAGGAAGAAUAGGGAUGGCAGCUAUUGUGCUUAGACCUGACCAAGAUUUUGAUGGAGAAAGACUUUACAAGCACGUUGUGGACUUCCUUCCAAGUUAUGCCCGACCAUAUUUUGUGAGAAUCAUGGAUGUUAUGCAAACUACUACAACUUUCAAGCAUCAGAAAAUGCAUCUGGUGAAUGAAGGAUUUAAUCCAGAAGUUAUACCUGACCCUCUGUAUUUCCUGCAUGAAUCUGCACGUUCCUAUAUUCUUUUAACAAAAGAGAUAUACAAGGAGGUGAUAUCUGGUGAAAUACGUUUAUAG